UAGGUAAUAUCGAUAUUAUGUGACUACUAAAAUUCGCACUUAUAUAUUAAUUUUAAUAUCUGAUAUCAAAAAUGUUUAAAAAACUAAUCGUUAAUUUUCUCUAUAGCUCCUGGCAAUACUGAAAACGUCACUUUUACAAUAUUACCUUUAAUUUAACUUUUACCCAAUACAAAUAAAAAAAAUAUAUACAAUAAAAUUAAUUAAAAUUACAAAUAAUGUUUAGAUUAUUGUUUCGUUAUAUAAUAAAAGAAAGCAAUCUACAAUUAAAUAAUACACAACAAUAUGUAUUUAAUGUACAAUGAAAUAAAUAUAAACAACGGUCUUAUUUCUAGUAUCAAAUGUAAUAGCUAAUAAUUCUUCCCUCGCUGUCGGUAAACCAUAAGACAAAUCUUUGCUACCAUUAAAACUAUGAACCAGUAUUAGUGGAGAAAGACUUCACACAGUGGAAAGGAGUUUCUCAUAAAUGAUAUGAAAUAAAAGACGACAUUCUGAUUAAUAGAAGAUGAAUUUUGAAAAAGUUGAUGUAAAUGCUGUAAAAAUUGAUUACAAUAGAGAGCAGUAGUGAUUGAUUUUGUUUCUAUGCCUGUAUCUAUGAAGAUAAAAGAACAUGUAUGAGAUUUCGAUUCAAGAAGAGGUUGCAUAUCUACUAUCCACAAAGAAAAAGAAAAAAUCACUUAUAAUUAUUGCACCAUACUUAUUAAGCUAAAGGAAGAAGAAUUUCAUUUUGGUUUACGUUAAUAUUUGAACUAGUUGGCAUAUAUCUUAAUAUUACUAUAUUACAUUUGUUUGUGGUUAAUAUGUUCUCUCAGUUUUUUUUUUUUUUACAUGUAAGUACAAAAAGCCAGGAUGAUAGUAAUCAUUUAUUCUUUGAGUUUAGAUGUUAUCCAUACUUACUCUACAAACUAUUUAGAUAUUCAUACUGGAACAAAACAAUUAGUAACUUAAGAUUCCUCAUGAUCUGAAACUGAAAUUGAAUAUUCUCAACAAAAAUACAUGUAACUUAAUCUAGUUAUUAAAUAAAUGCUAUAAAAUAUAUUGUAUACUUAUAAAACUGAUAACAGUGUAAUUAAUUACUCAUACAAAAUUUCGUGUACUUUUCUGUUCAUAUGGCGUGGCACAGAGUGCAUCCGCCUAAAACAUAGUUUGAGAAAGUGCAUUUUGUAAAGGGAGUUUUGGACAACGAAAUUUAUGAUGAGUAUCAGCAAACUUAAAUACUGAACUUUUAACUUGAUAGUAUUAAUAAUAAUAAAAGAGAAAAUUAAAUUAUAUUUCCUGUAUUUAUUUAUAAAAAUCUUUACAAAAUACUUUUUUAUAGUAAAAAAAAGUAUAAUAGUUCUUUAUUAUCUCAAGAGAUGGCGCCAUGAAUAGUACCUACGAACUAUGUUUGAUUGCUUUGAGUGAAUUUAAGCUUUAAUUUACCUGUUUCAUAUUAAUACCAUUUUAUAUAUUAAAAUUUUAAUUAGGUAACAAGUGAUACAAUAAGACUAAGAUAUCGAAUCCAUUGUAUUUUAUACCUGCUACUACUACGAAACAGAAAUGGCAAGACGCCAUCUGUCACUGUUUCUAUAUAUUGCUGCAUUAAAUUACUUUUUGUUACAUAUACAAAAAGUAAUUUAAUGUCUAAUAUUGUGUAUGUAAAAUAAUAAAUUUUAUUUAUGUAUAUAAAAUAAGCCAUGGCGAACAUAAUUUUUAUGUACUUUUUAAUUGAAUAUAAAGACAUUUAUAUAAUUUUGUUAUAAUUAUUGGAUGAAGUUUAAUUUUUGUACCAUGUUAAAAUAAAUUGAAACGAAACUUUAUGCCACUUUUAUAAUAUUAAAUCACACUUUUUUUUUCAAAUUUUAGUAGUUGAUAUAAUUAAUAUGAAAACAAUUUAAGCAAUUAUUUUUAAUGCACUCUUUCAAAUUCUUUGAAUAUUUCAAUGAUUCUUUUAACCAAUUUCUUUAAUUUUUUUUUGUAAUACUUAAAAUAGCAAACAAGUUGAUAAAAAAUGGUAGCCAUCGCCUUUAGACAUGUAAAAGCACCAUAGAUAUCACGGAAUACUCUGUGUUACCCAGUUGAAUAGUUCUCCUAAUGCGGUGUCAUUCCUGAGGACUAUAGUAUUAUGCGUCAUUUCUUAUAACUUAAAUUAUACUUCUAAUUUCGCUACCAUGACUAAAAAUAUAAAACCCUUCAAACUGAAAUAUAGCCAAGCAAACAGAGCUACUUCACGGCAGAAACAUGAAUGAAACAGAAAUACCUGUGUAGAUUUUUUUUUUUAUUAUUCUAUUAGUUUUUUUGUAAAAUAAUGAUUUAACUAGCCCGUGGUGGGCAUGUAAGUAUGAAAUAUAUUACACAUAGAUAUUAUAAAGAUAUAUGGCUUCCGGCUAUCUAUACCAAAUUACGUACAAAUCGAUCGAGUAGUUUACCCAUAAAAUUGUAACAAACGAAUAAAACAUUAUCUAGUUAUAUAAAGUACCUAAGAGUUUUUAUUUAAUGAAUCUUCAACAAAAAUUAGGGUAGGUAUUAUCUGUUAUCAACACAUAAUUAAUUAACAACAUUAUCAAAUUCCUAGUUAAAUUAUAUUUCGUGUUUAUUAAAUGUAAUAUGAUUACUUUUUUGUUUUAAUUUUAAUUCAAUUAACUAUUUAAAAAUAUGUUGUGAUUGUUUAUUAGUUAUGUCCACUAAAUAAAAACAGAUCAUAACAAAUAGUACAAAUAGAACCACCACAAAAACCUUGACACGUCAACAGAUACCAUUUAUCACAAUAAGGUGUUUUCAGUCUCCGAUCUACACAAGCUGAAAUUACAAUACAAUAAUAAAAAGUUUUCACACAAUGGAACAUGAAAGUAAAAUCGAUUUUCUUGUUGACGUAGCCACUGUUCAUAGCAACGCUGAACAGGCUGUGUGGUGUGCACCACUGAAACGCAGUGUAAAUAACUGCAGUAAUGGACGAGGAAAAAGCAAAAGAAGAAGUUGAAGAUUGGAAGGUUUUCGAGGCCUUGUGCAGUAAAAGUCCCACCGAAAUGGAUGCAGAUGUUGGUAAUGAUGUCAUCACAACUCUAAGAAGUGACCUAGCCGCUCUCCAAUAUAAACGGGAUAAAUUGAUAUCUGAAAAUAGUGAUUUAAAAAACCAAAUGCUGUCCCGAGAUCAAAGAAUAUUAGAACAACAGGUUGAGAUAGAUCACCUUCGUGAACAAAAUGCUCGACAAAAUGCUGUCAUAUCAUCUCUUAAGAAAAAAAUUCAAGAUUACGAAGAAAUACAGCGAAAUUUACAUGCGUCGCAAGGUAGGACCGACCUCACAGUGCAAACUUUACAAAGAGAUAAUCGCUACUGUGAAGAAAAAAUCAAAGACCUAGAAAAAAAAUUAAGAGCCCUUGAAUUAGAAUGCCAUAAUGAGGAGCAACAAAAAGAAAAUGCACGUUGUCAAUUUCAUGACCUGGUUCGAAGAUUAUCAGCUGCCCUUGAUUUUGAUUUCUGUGACACCACACAUACACAUUCUCCAGAAACUCUUAUUAUAAAAGCCGCAGAACUGGUACAAGAGAUCACAAGGUUGAAGAAUAAAUGCAUGAACACAACGGAAAACUUAUCGACUGUGGAACAGGAUCUAAGAAGUUGCCGAGAUGCCUUGGAAAGAGCAAAUGCGGAUAAGGAUAUGCUUCAGCGUCAGGUGUCAUCGCAUAUCCUAGAUAUCGAAAGGCUGAAACAAGAAAAAGAAUCAUUGACUGUACAAAACAGAGUUAUAGAGCGGGAACUCCUUGAAGCGAGAGACAAAUUAUCACAUUGCUCGAAAAAUUUAAGCGUUGUUACAGAUAAUGUAAAUCAGAAUGAGUCCAUAAUAGUUCAACUAAAAGAGGACUUGAGACACAGAGAGGAAAAAUAUCAAAGACUGCAAACUGAAUUUCGAAAUACCAUGGAGUCGAUUGCAAUUCUACUUAGUUUGCCUACUCGAUUUGUCGAAGCACAUGAGAGCACAAUAAAAGACAGAAUACGUGAAAUAUUAAGCGAAAACAAGGACCGCGCUGUGCAAAUAGAGGCUCUUCGGGAUAAGUUAGGCUCUGAAUCCCAGCAGCUGAGCAGAACUGCCCACCUCCAUGACCAGGCCACGACCAGAGUGCGUAUACUGGAAGACGAGCGAAACAUGCUCGAAUCCAAAGUGCACAAGCUCGAGUCAGAACUUAACGCCGUCGAACUAUCUCGGGACAAUUUGCGGAAGGACAAAGCUAACUUUGUAGCAUUCCUUGAGCGCCUGGGCAGAACGCUAAAUAUGGAUGAGUUAACCCAGGAUAUUGGCAUAGAGCUGCACACCGAUUCCAUUAUCCACCGCGCUGAGCAACUAGCAAGGCUCGAGAGUGAUAAAAUUGUUGACAAGACUGCAGUAGUUUACCAACUGCAACGUCGAAUAAGGAUCCUUAGGGAGCAAUUGCAAAGGAAAGACUUGCAUUUAGAUUUAUUGCGACGUAAACUGAGCAUACAGGAGGAAGGCUCCCGCGUCCGCGCCGUGUUGCAGGCCGAGCGAGAUGAGGCCGUGACACGCAGCAAGAAGCUAGCUCGCCAAUGCGACAAACUCGCAGUGCAGCUGAGCGAUGCGCGUGCUCAGAUCCGCGACCUAAACGCACAGCUCGCUGACGCCGCCGAGUACAAGAUAACAUCACUGGAACGCGCACGCAAAGUCGAAGAAUUACAAAAGAAACUAGACGAAGCGGAUCUUUUACGGGCUCGAUAUAACCGCAAAGUGAACGUACUUAAGGACCAAGUGAGAGCGACCGGCGAAACCUUUGAACAAGAGCGCACCACCACAGAACACCAGAUUACAAUGCUUAGAGAUGACCUGGCUAGGACUAAGGAAGCUCUCGCUGAAUGCCAGAGACGAGAGGCUCAGUUGCUAAGCUUCAGACAUUCCAUCGCUAAGCUGCUAGGGAUCUUGGUACCAGCUUCAGUAUCAGACUUUGAAAUGGUGUCCAGGCUACAAAAGUUGAUCGACGCACAUCACGAUUUCACUGUGGUAUCACGGCGGUACGAUGACCCAGCACUGCUACGUGCUUCCUCACGAUCACCGCCGCCUUCCAGGUGCAGGACUAGGACACCCGAACGGUCAUUGCGCUACGAUGACUCCGGGUACGCAGACCCAGCUUUCGACCUCGACGAUGAGUUGUAUAAAAGUCGCGCCGCCUUGUGACAAUCACGACGCCGCGCCCGCUUCUAGCCGGACCCCGUACAGUAUUGGGACAUUACCAUCAAUUUAUUGAACAAUCAAUUGUAUAAUUCUGAAGAGUCAUAAGUAUAACGGAAAUAUUAAAAAUGCCCAAAGCUAUAACAUACCCAAAGUUAAAACAUUCCCAAGAUUUACCCUUCAAUUCACCGAUCUGUCAUGGUGAAUAUUUUGACAAUCUAUAUUAUAAAUUGUUUAAUAUUUUUUACUUUAAUAUACAGGUGAAAUCGAAAUCAUUUGGUUUCAUUUAAGGGAAUAUUCUACCAGUGUAAUUAGAUACUUUUAUUUUUAUUUAUUAAUAUUAUACCGAAAAUGAAAAAAUAUUUUUUAAGCCUACCACUAAAUUAGUUACUGCCAUAUCCAAUUUUUUAUUGAAAAAAGUUCAGUUUCUUUAGAACACUCCCUUUAAAAAUACUAAUAAUUUCUAUUUCACCUUGUGAGAUGAUGAAAGCGUACAAAUUUCAUUAUUGCAAUAAGGUUCUUAGGGAGAAUGGUCGUCACAAUUAAUAAUAAAGCAAAAUCGACUUUAAUGGGUUUUUAAGUAAAGAAAAAUAGUUUCUUAUCUCCUAAUCAAUCCACUAAUGUCAAUUGACCAACACAUACUCUAUUUUCAAAUGGCGAAAAAUUUAAUAACGAUACAAAUUUUCUUUAUUUAUUAGACAUAAAAAAAUUUCAUAAAUUUACGAACAUUGUCCUUUAAAUUUCAUACAGUAUAAUAUAAACUAAAUGUACAAGUUGUUCUGUAUGCUACAUAUUCGCCGAUAGGUAGGACUAAGAUCUUAUACAAUAUGAAAGUAAUUCUGAAUAAUUGAAGAUCCACCAUGUAAACCUAAUAUUAGUCACCGUCAAUAAUUUUUAACCACAUAGAUACUCUUUUUAGGACAAGACCCGCUAAUUAUGUUAUUUUAUUUUUGUGCAACUUAGAAUAACAAACAAGCUGACGGCCCACCUGAUGGAAAGUGGUAACCAUCGCCUAUAGACAUUAGCAGUACCGUGGACAUAACAGAGUAUACUGUUUCACUCAUGAUACCCCCCAUGCGUUGCCACUCAGGUGUUGCUCCACUGUACCCUAUAAAUUCACUGCCAUAUCCCACCCUACAAACCGAAACACAGCCAUGUAUAGUUAUGGUAUAUUGUUACUCGUAUUAAAAAAAGGUUAGUGUGAAUUGAAUCUUAUUUAAAAUAUUCAAUUUGCUGAAUUCGAUUUUGUAUUUCAUACGAAAUGCACUUGCAAGGGAAACUUAAAGUUGAAAAAAUAUAAAAAUAUUCUUUUAAUUAAUAUUUGCUUGAUAGCAUAGAACAUGUAGGUAUAACUUGUGACUAAGUAUAGAUAAGUAUCUAAUUAAAUGCAAUUUAUUCAUAUUGAAUAGCAGUGUUUAUUUAUUGGAGCUAGUACGCUACCGUAAUGUAAAUAAAUGUUUAUAUUCUAAAAUUUCUUUAUUUAUUUUAAAUCAAUAAUAGAUAAUUAUAUGAACUCCGAAAACUAGUAAUUUAAAUCUGUAUCAUUAUUACUUAUGAUAAUGUAUACGUGUAUGUGUUGAAUGUGUUUAUCAAUUUAUAAUUGUUAUUAGUCUCAAAAAUCCAGUAACAUUAGAAUAUUCAGCUGUCUCCUAUAAUUAAGUAAUUGUAUUAGCAGGUAGAAGAAAAUAAAUCAAAAUGUGUUCAUUCUAGUGUAUAUUAAAUCACAAAAUUGUACGAUAGGUGAUACACUUAGAUAUUUUAUUAGGU